AUGAACACCGCCGGCGCGGUCGUCCUCGCCAUCGUCCUGCUACUCCUAACAGUAGGCAUCGGCUGGGUCAUCUUCACGCGCGUCCGCGCCUCCCAGCUCGGCGUAAGGGUGGUAUCUUCGGGCUGGUUCUCCGACACAUUCCACCUCAACGGCCCCGGUGGCGGCUGCAACGCGCGCACCGCUCCGGGGGCCUUCGAGGGCCCCAAGUCUUCGGGGCCGGGGUUGUAUAACGCGGCAUAUGUCAACGGUGGUGGGAGUGGGGGGGGGAUCGGGUCUAGAAAAGGAUAUGACCCGUGGGAUUCGAGGGUGGGUGGGUAUAACCCGUAUGAGGAGGAGAGGGAGCUGGGGUUGGUGCCGCCUGGUGGUGGGAGCGGGGGUGGGGAGGGGUAUGCGAUGAAUUUGGCGGUGGCGCCGGGGGGGUCGACGGGGGUGCCGGCGGUGGGUGGUGGUGACGGUGGUGGUGGGGAGGAGGAGAGGCGUGGUCGGCCGCGCAGUCGGUCGCCGGGUCCGGGGCAGGGGCAGGGCGUUGGUGCUGCUGCUGCUGUGAGGGAUCCAUUUGGUGAUGGCGCCGAGCCGAGUAACUUGAGCUUGCGCGGGGUUAGUCCGAGGCCGAUGGAUGAUGGCGCGUCGUUUGCGGCGAGGAAGGCUGCGAAAAGGGAGGAGGAUCGGAGGUCCAUGUUCCGGGAGGAGGUUUGA